AUGGAAAAGAAGUUGGAUUCAAGAACAGCCAGUGGCUAUUUUGUUGGCUAUCUAAAGAGAACUAAAGGCUACAGAUUUUACUGCCCUCAAAAUACAACCAGAUUUGUAGAAACUCAAAGAGCAGUGCUUAUAAAAUCUAAAAAUGAGGCAACAGAACAAGAGAAUUUCGAUUUUGAUGAAGUUAUAAUAGAAAAUGGAGACACAAUGAAUUCUAAUGCAAAUAACAAAAUUCAAGUGUUACCUAGCUUUGACUUGAGUAGCACGCAAUCUGUACAGGAAUAUGAAAUAGUUGGAGAUCCAAUGAUACUUGACCAAGAAACUCAAGAACAGCAAGUUCUGCCACUAGAAAAAACAAAUGAAAAUCAACCAGCCGAACAAAACCAUGAACAAAUGGACAAAGAGUUGGGAAGAUCACAAAGACCAAGGAAAAGAGCACUACCUGAUGACUACUAUGUAUAUUUACAAGAAUCUGAGCAUGAUGUGAAUGCAAUUGAAGAUCCCAUGAACUAUAUGCAAGCAAUGUCCAAUGAGAAAAGUGAAAAUUGGUGGGGAGCUAUGAAAUCAUAA